CGCGAAAGGCGCAGCGGUCUACCAAGCGCCAGUCAAAGGCAGUCUUGGAUGCUAUCACGCGGUGUGGCGCAGCUGUCCAUGCAUCGUCACUUCAAUAUCUCUGCGGCUCACCCCUUACACGUAUUCUUCUCCAGCUGCCCUAGGCAGCAGCUUAGCUAACGUUCAGCGCGCCGCACAAGUCGUGAGAAAGAGAUUAGUUUUGGGAUACGACACACAUAAUUAGAGGUACAUUUUCAGUAGAGCCGGCGUCUAAUACAGUGAGACUGCUGUCGGCGACCUCGUCUACGACUGAAACUUGAAAGGGAUCUCGCCACACCACAACUGACACCAUGGACAUUCCAAGGGGCCAUGCGAUGCUCCCGCUCAACGAAGGCGAUUUCCUGGACUUUAUAUACAAUUAUUUUAAGGCCGAAUACGCACCGAUCAGAUCCUUUUGGUCGACCGCAACCGCUGACCCGCGGCAACCGCAAAGAUGGGUGAACAUGGGCCACGAGCUGCAACCUCUUAGCAUGCGCCCCGCAAACGCCCAAGCACAAAAGGACCUCGAGUCCCUGGACUACUUCACGCGGAAAUGGCACCUCGACUCUGACUUUGUGCGUGGUCUGGUGGUUCGCUUUGCGAAAUACGAACUGCACGACCGUCUUGAGAAGAAGCUCUUUGAAUGUGCACGCCUCGACCUGAUGGUGCGCAAGGUACUUAAAGAAAAGCAUCUCAUCGAUGCCCUCUGGCCGAGUCCCGCGCCGCGCAGCGAGCCCAAGGAUUUGCUAGCUCAGGGUGUACAGGUUAGGAGGUGGUAUGGCGAUAUGUUUGCCAAGUACUUCACGGUGCUGCACUCAGUGGAUGAGUUCGAGUUGAGGCCUGAAAUUGACCAGAGGAUCAAGAGCAGUGGGACAUUGAUGCUGGUCCCGUUUGUGGACCAUGUGGUGAUUGGGGCCGUUGACCCUAUCACACCGAUCGUCACUCGAGGCGCAGGGUACGCGAGUAACAAAUCACUAGACAGCAGAGGAAAGGGCAGUAGUGAUGGCUAUGGAGAGCCUGGACGGUUCGAGAUCAGGUUCGAUGCACCAGCUGAGGUGUCUGAGACGUACACGAAGAGCAUUGUCAGGCAGUAUGAGUGCAUGAAGUGCGGUACGAAGAGGGAUGUGCAGGUCGUAAUCUCUGUUGAUCCAAAUCCUGAAGGCGGCGCGGCUACAACAAGAAAGCCUUCGACCACUGUGAAUUCAGCGGUGCAGAGGCAGUUGAGAGGUGGAGACAGACAAAAGCGAAGAAAUGAAGAGGGCGCUCCACCACAGCCACCGCGACCGCAGCCCCAAGCGCCCGCUCAAACCGAACAAAGGUCGUCAACUCCAGAAGGAAAGAAGCAAUGCCCCCGCUGCACCUUUCUAAACCACGCCUCCCUCACCGAGUGUGAGAUGUGCAGUGCCGAUCUAUCCGCUACAACAGCUACGAAACCACCGAGUCCAGUCGUUUCAAGAGUAUCUCACGCCCACUCAGCAUCGCUGCCACCCCCGACCACCGCACCCGAUCGUCUGAAAUCUGAAGAGCGUCCUGGUCCGUCGCACAGACACAGUCUCAGCUCGACACUAUUCAGCAUCUUCCCCUUCUCGCAGCAGCACCAGCAGGAACACCACGCAAAUUUGCCGACGACACAACAAGUUGACACAGUGCCAGCGGUGGCCAAUAGUCGUGCUGCACCUGAACGGCUAGAGCCACGUCGUAUUGUGCCGAAGAAGCACACGCGGGAGGUGAAGAGGAGGGAAGAGAGGGAGCCCACAACCCGCUCAAACCCAGCCUCCUCAACAAGAGCAGAGGAAACAUCUGGAGAGCCAUCAGCAGCAGCAACAAAACCAUCUCAACCCGUGGGUCUCACCACGCCUCCCACAAGACCCGAGAGUCCAAAGACACAUCAGAUAGACGAGCCAGAGCUCUCACGACCACCGGAGAUGGCGAUGAUGCCGCUCACACCGCCGCCAUCGACGAGUCAGCAUAGGAGACAGGUUCCCGCCGGACUACCGAGUCAUCUUAUGGAUGACUAUGUAUCGCCUAGUCAAGGGCUGCCGGUGCAGGAUGAAGAGGAGGACGCUGGAUGGGCCGAUCUUAGGAGGAAGGAGAGUAACAUCGAGAGCGAGGACAGUGAUGAGGAGGGGAAGUUGGUGGAUCUCGAUGCAGUGGCAAGGGAGGAGAUGGGAGUUUGGGGAGAGAGGGAGGACGAGCGAUGCUGAGAGGUGUCACUUGUCCAUGUUGUGGUUGCUAGGUGUUUUCUCGUUUCAGCAUCAUUUGAGGUUUUUGAGUUCCACUGACGACAAUCUGCUAUCGCAUGAACCAUGCUCAUCAUCUACAACAAUCCGCCCUGCCGUGCCGAAAAGUAUUCAUCGAUAUCUUCCGGCAACUCAAUGCUAUCUCUUCGUGAAAACUCC